AUGACACGAAACUAUCAUCGAAUACAAGAGACAAGUAGUAAACGACAAUCAAAUGCUGUGCCCAUUUUCACCGUUGUACAACAACAGAACGGUCGUCGCAUGAGCACAUUCAUCAAUGCUCAACAUCGGUUAUCUCUUGAGUCACAGAUAUCUUUGCCACGCGGUGCUGAAUAUCGUCCACAACAACGUUUACCGCCCAAUGGUCUCGAAUCACAACACAACAUCUUGCUGACAAACAUGAAAACAACGAUCGAAAAUAAUCCUAAACAGGUUCAUGUUAAAUCGACUAAAAAACCAAAGUCAUCUCAACAUCGAGUCUUAUCUCAGCUAUGUUGUGUUGUUGAUAAUGGGCAAAAAUAUGAUGAUAAUAUGAACAAAUUUGACGCCUGA